AUGACUACCGGGGUUGAUGAUAUGCCUGAUGGCAUCCUCUGCAAUAUCCUCUCCCGAUUACCAGUUAAGCCAAUGGUGGGACGCUGUAGAUGUGUAUCAAAACUCUGGAAUGCUCUGAUUUCGGAUCCUAGUUUUAUGAUGUCCAGGUCACCAUUGAUCUUUCUUGAAAGUUGGGGCGACGAGUCCGAUGAUGAAUAUACAACAGAGAUACCUAUACCUAUAAAUCCUACUUAUAUAUUAGACGAAUCGGUGACUCACAAUUUAGAUGAUUCACUUUUCAACCUCCCCGCUUCUGAAUACGAUCGUGAUCAGCGGAAUCGUAGGUCCGUGACAAUUGUUGGAACUUUCAGUGGAAUUAUCUUGUUGGUGGUUAACGAUUUUACUAAGUUUUAUUCUAGUUAUUAUGUUCGUAUGAAUCCACAUAUUAUAUUGUACAAUCCCACAACCAGUGUUUAUGACAUACUUGAUGAUGAUCAAAAUCCACCUUUAUAUUAUUAUUCCGAUGAAUUAGAUCAUGCAUAUGGAUUUGGUUAUGGUGCAACCAUUGAUGAAUUGAGAAUUGUUAGGUUUGGAAAAUAUCAUUGGGAUACUUGGAAUACUUGUGAUGUACUCAAUCUAAAAACACGUUCAUGGAGCCACCCACAACUACUUACCACUCAUGAAUAUGCUACCUUUAAAGACGUUGUUGGUACCUUCCUUAAAGGAUAUUUGUAUUGGAUAAUCAAUACAAAUAUAUAUUCAAAGAAUGGUUAUUCGAAAAUCGUGGCAUUUGAUGUUGACAAGAUGGUCUUUUCAGAGAUGCAUCUGCCUGAUCAGGCUAUCAAUAAUGAAUAUAAUCGUUUGGGUACGUGUCAUGGAUGCCUAUGGAUGAUCACUAACACCGACGAUGACACACUUAAUUUCGAUGUGUGGGUAAUGAAUAUUAAUGACCAAGGCGUUGAUGAUAAUUACUCGUGGUCCAAAACAUGUUCCUUCACAAUAGGUUUGGAAGGCCAGCAUGAUCUCUGUUUUUAUAGAAUUAUCAAAAUAACUGAUGACGGAAGAAUUAUAAUAUAUGUAGAAAUGGAUGACUGCCCAGAUAGAAUCAUCUACUACGAUACAUCUAAACACUCGUAUAAACUGCAAGACAUUGUUCUUAAAUACCGGCCUAACAGGGGCAUCAUAUACAAGGAGAGUCUCGUAUCGCCUAUGAAUAUAUGUCGUGCAUGUUUGAUAUGA